AUGCUAUCCAGUAAAAUGAUCCCAAAGAAAAAUGACGGGGAAUCAUUAGAAGAAGAGCAGCUUUUAAAUCAACACACAAUAGCUUCUUAUGAUAGUAUCAGGGAUGACUACUCUCAGGAAGAUCUUCAUGAGAAUCAGCAAUACGUACAAGAGACAACCUACGCCGAGGAGCUCAGUUACAUUGCCAGAAAUUCGAUUCCCAACUGUGCUGGAUUCCUCCUACAGUACUGUAUCAAUGCCUUUCCCGUGUUCUUUGUCAGCCAUUUAGGUAAAGAAGAGUUAGCGGCAAACGCCUUGGCGAUGACCACUUAUUACAUCACAGGGCCAUCGAUUUUCAUGGGGAUGGCCACCGCCAUUGACACAAUUUGUUCACAAUCAUACGGUGCAAAACAGUAUCACUUAGUGGGAUUGUAUUUCCAAAAAAAUGUCGUCUUGUCAAUGAUAUUGUUUGUUCCUUUAAGUAUUCUUUGGAUUAAUAUGGAUAAAGUGUUGCGUCUUUUUGUUCACAAUAACAGAAUUAUCGAAUUGGCCACCAUCUAUUUCCACAUCAUGUUCUUGGAAGCCCCGGCAUUCAUCUUCUAUGAAAAUGGUAAAAGAUUUAUUCAGGCUCAAGGGAUUUUUAAUGCGGUGAUUUACAUAUUGUCGAUCGUUGUUCCAAUUAAUUUAUGUCUCAAUUAUGCCUUGAUUCUCAGUGACACAUUCGGGAUAGGUUACAUUGGCUCCCCAAUCGCUUCGGUCAUCAGUUAUUGGCUAAUGGCGAUCUUACUUGGCCUAUAUAUCCGAUUUGUCAAUGGGUCAAAAUGUUGGGUUAAAAUCAACAGGUCAGACAUUUUUCAUGACCUAGGAGGCCUAAUCAGGUUGAAUAUCUAUGGGGCCAUCAUGACCUUAUCCGAGACCUUUGCAUUUCAGAUAAUCACCGUCAUGGUGGCACAAUUUGACGUUUUUCAAUUGGCAGCACAAUCUGUCACUGCAACCUACAGCAAUUAUUUUUUCACCAUUCCUUUCGCAGUUGGGGUUGUAGGUUCGAUGAGAAUCGGUAACUAUAUUGGUUCAGGCAACAAGAGAUCGGCAAUCAUGGCCACCAGGUGUCUCUAUUCCAUUGCCAUUUGUUUAGGAUUCCUGAAUUUCCUGAUUAUUUUCUUUACUAGAAAUUAUAUCGCCCGCUAUUUUGCCGAUGGAGAUUUAGAAUUGGGGCAAAUCAUCAGCAAUUGCUUAAUCAUUGUGGCAAUUUUCCAAAUGUUAGAUUGUGGUUUCAACAUUUGCUCUGCGGCAGUUCUAAGAGCUCAAGGAAGACAGCGCAUUGGGGGAAUUUUAAGCUUUGUCAGUUACUACGUAGUUGGCUUGAUCCUUGAAUUGUAUUUUGGAUUCUAUUUGAAGUACAAAUUGUUUGGUUUUUGGUGCGGUUUAUCACUUGGAUUAGCCUUUUUAUCAAUUACACAGACAUUCUGUAUCAUAAAAUCUGAUUGGGAUGAAAUCAUUUCUGGUGCAAGGCUACAUCAUCACUGA